AUGGUUACGAGUGCUCAAAACGUCUCAGAAUCCUUUGUUCAUCUGGCGAUUCAGAAUAUCAUGUAUCCUUUGUAUGUUACGUAUUUUCCAACUAAUUCCAAGCUUCAGAAUGAAUUCAAAAAUGCUCUUUCUCUAUGCACUGUUCAUCGUCGUCUUCAAGCUGCAUCCAUGGCUGCAUCAUCUGAAACAACCUCUCAUGCCUAUAAAACCGCAUCAACUAUCUUGCUGAACAUCAAGCCCAACCAAAAUUUGGCUUUGGAUCUUGAUUCAUCUCAUUACUCUGAAGUCCUCAAGUCAUUGAUUGAAUGCCUGUGUUAUUCUCUAUUGGCUCAAGCCUUAACAAUGUCUGAAUCUGUACCUUUGAUUCAUCCAUCUAGUGUGUACUCCUCUGCAAACUACAUGCAGAAUAAAGGCUGA